AUGGCCUUCGGCCGCCACCCGAGCGCGCGGCGAUUGCUCGCGCGCCUCUCGGGCCGGCGGCGCGGGGCCUGCGCUCUGGCCAUGGAGCCGCCGCGCUGCUUCGCGCUGGAGCUGCCGGGCUGCACCCUGGCGCACUUCGCGGUGGGCGAGCAGGCCCCGGACGCGCGCCCCGACCCCCGCGUGGCCGCGCUCCUGGGCCCCCCGGGCCGCAGCUACUCGCUGAGCGUGCCGGGGACUGGGGGCGCGGGGGCCCGGGUGCGCGCGGCCCGGCUUCAUCAGCACCUGCGGCAGCAGCUGCGGCGCGGCCCCUUCCAGCGCUGCGAGCUGCGCCGGCUGCUGGGCUACCGCCCGGACGGCGGCGCCGGGGCCCUGCAGCACGGCUUCCUGCUCCGCGACCCCCGCGACAGCCCCGACACCCGGCAAGCGCUGCUGGCGCUGCUGGACGCCUGCCCCGAAGCCCCGCGCCCGCGCCUGGCCGAGUUCUCCGGGGACCCGCUCUGCCAGCUGUGGCGGCGCCCCUGGGAGCGGCGGGACGGCCGGGGCUGGCGGCAGCUGGGCGGCGAGCGCGUGGGGCCCGCGCCGGAGCCCAAGCUACACCCGGUGGUGCCCGACCUGCCCAGCGCCGGGGUCUUCCCGCACCGGGAGGCCGCCCGCGCCGUCUUGGAGGCGUGCACGUCCUUCAUUCCUGAAGCCCGAGCCGUGCUCAGCCUGGUGGCCCAGUGCCCAGAGCAGGUCCAGAAAGGAAGGUUCCCUGUGAUUGUCAUUGAGGGCCUGGAUGCCACAGGUAAAACCACCGUGACCCAGUCAGUUUCAGAUUCACUCAAGGCUGUUCUCUUGAAGUCACCACCCUCUUGCAUCAGCCAGUGGAGGAAAAUCUUUGAUGAUGAACCAACUAUCAUUAGAAGAGCUUUUUACUCUUUGGGCAAUUAUAUCGUGGCUUCUGAAAUAGCUAAAGAAUCUACCAAAUCGCCUGUGAUUGUCGACAGGUACUGGCACAGUACGGCCACCUAUGCCAUAGCCACUGAGGUGAGUGGGGGCCUCCAGCACCUGCCCCCUGUCCAUCACCCUAUAUACCAGUGGCCCAGGGACCUGCUCAAACCCGACCUGAUCCUGCUGCUCACUGUGAGCCCCGAGGAGAGGAUGCAGAGGAUUGAGGGCCGAGGCAUGGAGAAGACCAGAGAGGAGGCUGAGCUGGAGACCAACAGCAUAUUUCGUCAAAAGGUAGAAGUGUGCUACCAGCGGAUGGAGAACCCCGGCUGCCACGUGGUGGAUGCCAGCCCGUCACGAGAAAAGGUCCUCCAGAUGGUGUUAAGUGUAAUCCAAAAUAAUUGCAAUUAA